AUGGUGGUGCAAACUUCUGCAGGAAGAAUAAGAGGAAAAACAAUGAGAGUCCUUUCGGGAAAAGUGACUGCUUAUCUCGGCAUACCAUAUGCAGAACCACCCAUUGGACAACUUCGAUUUGCAAAACCAGUGCCUUCCAAACCUUGGACUAAUGUGCGGGAGGUGACCAAAUAUUCAAACACAUGUUACCAGAAUGUAUCCAAUUCAGAAUCAAAGGCCCUAUGGGAAAAAAUAUGGAGUCCAAACACAGAACUUAGUGAGAAUUGUUUGUACCUCAAUUUAUGGGUUCCGUCACCGAGACCAAAAAAGGCAGCUGUUAUGGUGUGGAUCCAUGGAGGGGCAUUUAUGUCAGGUUCCUCGUCCCUGUUAGUGUAUAAUGGUAGAUUUCUAUCUCACACUCAGAAAGUUAUAGUUGUUUCUAUGAACUAUAGAUUAGGUGUCUUUGGUUUCUUGGCUUUGCCUGGCAAUUCUGAUGUUCCUGGCAACAUGGGAUUAUUUGAUCAACGCUUAGCACUUCAGUGGGUUCACGAUAAUAUAGCAGCAUUUGGAGGGAACCCCAAAAGUGUGACAUUGUUUGGACAGAGUGCAGGAGCUGCCUCGAUAAACAUGCACCUUAUAGCGUCCCAAAGCAGUUCUCUCUUUCAUAGAGUCAUCAUGCAAAGUGGCAGUUCGAACACUCCCUGGGCUUUUGUAAAAAGUGUGGAUGCAAAACACAGAGCUGCAGCUUUCGGUAAAAGAAUUGGAUGUCCUUAUAGCAGCGAUGCUGAGUUUUUGAGCUGUCUUCGUGGUAAAUCUGCCUAUGAUGUAUUGUGCUAUAGUUUGGCAGACCCACAAAGUAACCUUUUGUCUCAGGUUAUAUUUCUACCUGUGGCUACUGGAGACUUUUUUACUGAGAAAGCUGAAAUGUUAAUGCAACAGAAAAUCGUGGAGAAAAAACAAAUCCUACAAGGCACAAACAGAGAUGAAGCAACAUAUUUUUUGGCUAUGGGCGGUCCGGGUUUUAGUAAAGAUACAGAAAGUGUCAUUGGUCGGAAAGAUUUCGUAAAAGCUGUGAAAUGGAUCUUACCUGAAAACACUGUUCUGACUGUGGAUGAUAUUGAAUGCGAAUACAUAGACGAGAAAGAUGAGGACAGUACAAUCAAUUACCGUGACGCUGUAGCCAGUAUGGCUGCAGAUAGCCUUUUUGUAUGCCCAAUGAAGCAGUUUGCAAACAAGUAUGCCGGACAAGGGAAUAAAGUCUACUCCUAUUUGUUUAACCACCUUCCACCAGCUGGAGCUUGGCAAAAGUGGAUGGGCGUUAUGCAUGGUUAUGAGAUUGUAUUUGUGUUUGGAAUGCCAUUUAACAAAUUUGGAAAGUGGACCCAAGCAGAGGAAGUACUCAGCAAGAACAUGAUGAACUACUGGUCAACCUUUGCAAGAACUGGUAAUCCAAUUGGCCAAGAAGUCACAACAGUUAAGUGGCCUGUAUACACACAAUUAAAACAACAAUAUAUAAUCUUAAAUGCCAAAAGACUAGAAGUUAAAAAAAGUUUCGAAAGCAAACGUGUAACUUCUGGAAUCAAGAGAUUCCCAAACUCGUCAAGAGCCGAAAUUAAUGAAACAGAAGAACAGUGGAAAGAGGAAUUCAGCCAAUGGUACUCCCAUAUCUUAGGAUGGAAAGAUCAGUUCAAUGCAUUUAAGAAUAAGAAAUAUGGAUGUGCAGGUGAAGCUAUGAAUCCUGUAGGAAAAAUCGUGCAGUGUAUUCAUAAAAAUGACAUGACGCCAGCUUAA